AUGUACCUGUUUGAUGUGGCCACAGACUGGAACUUGUUUCGGACCAUGCAAGGGUCCUAUUCAGAGUUCAACGAUGACUUCAACCCCAUCUUCCUCGGCAACCAAUCAGACCUGAUGUGUACAUGCUCAUGCACGUCGGGAGACCCGUGCGUCACCCCUCUGUCCAACACAACCCUCUGCGACACCUUUGCGCUCAACGAGGGCGGCUCCUCCUGCAACAUCCGCCAUGUCGUCACCUUGGAUUCCCGCAGCGGUGGCCAAUGCGACUACACAUUUGGCUACGACAAGACAUCCAGCCUGAUUGACGAGCUGAGCAGCCUGCGGUGGGCAUCUCUCGCCAUCAACAUCAUCAUCACCCCGCUUGUCCUGUACUAUCUCGUCUGGCAAGCGCGCCAAGGCCUGGACCACGACGAAGCCACCAUCUCCAGGGUCAUGUCCCGCAAGUCCUCGCGCACAUCAAACUUCGACGCGCACCAGCUGGAAACCAUACAGCAGGAGCAGCUGCAGCACAAACGCCAAUCACAAACUAACUUCUCUGGUUCCGUCUCCAGUGACCACCUCCCGACUGCACCAAACGCCAAACACCCUUGUUUCAACUGCAACUUUGAGCUCCACCCCAAGGCUCGGUUCUGCCCCAACUGCGGCGCCAAGCAGAUGGAGUUCAACAAGGACACCAUGCAGGGAAAGCAGAUUCGACGAUGGCUUAAGCGGAAGGAGAGCCCCGAGGCAGGGCGCGUGCAUCUAUGUGGUGUGACGGGCGUGUUUGCUGCGCUGUUCAUUGUCAGCAUCGUCGCAUGCCCCGCCCUCUUCAUGGUCGGCUUCACUUCCGCUCGUGACAUCCUCGACUUCAGCGAUACGCAAAUUGCCGUCGUCUUCAUCCUGGCAUCUAUAUUCGCGCUGCCGCUUCUCAUCUUCAUCGUCAUGUUCCUCCUCUUCAUCUGCGAGGAGUGCGGGUACGACUCGACCAACAUCGGCUUCAACUGCCAGGAGGACGCGUGCUGCAUCUGUGACGGUGACGCAUGCUGCGAGAACGAUGGCGAUGGCGGCUGCUGCGACUGCGACUGUUGUUGA